AUGGCCUUCAAAUAUUUCGCCAUGUUCGCGCUGAUGGCUGUUGCCAGUGCAGCUGUUCUCCCAGUUGCUGUUAAGCACAUUGAAUACCCAGAUGCUCCCGCCGAAUACCAGUUCCAGUACUCCGUGCACGACGACCACACCGGUGACAUCAAGAGCCAGCAGGAGGAGCGCCACGGAGAUAACGUUGUCGGACAGUACACCCUGAUCGAUGCCGAUGGUUACCGUCGCGUGGUUGACUACACCGCCGAUGAGCACAACGGAUUCAACGCCAUCGUCCACCGUGAACCGGUCAAGACCGCCAUCCCGGUCGCCAAGGUCAUUGCUCCUAUCGCCAAGGUAUACUCCGCCCCGAUCGCCAAGGUCUCUCUCCCGGUCGCCAAGGUUGCCUAUCCCGCGUACCACUAUUAA